CUCGCCGGCGCCGCUCCCUGCGCGGGACUCAAGGAGCGGCACUGGGCAUGCUCAGUCGCCGGAGCCCGUACUGGUCUCAAGUAGGAAGCUCGUGCGCUGCAUCCGCAGCUGAUCCGGGCGCUCCGCGGAGGGCGGGACUGGAGCAUAGCUGCCGGGCGCCGGAGCCUAGGCGAGCGUCGCGCGAGCCGCGGACAUUGCCUUGGAUGUCGGCUGACCCUAAGUAGAAGCAGGGAGAGAGGACUGACUUGUUGGAGUUGCUGAAGGUGAGCAUCAGAAACCUCAAGAGUGUUUCAGAACACUGGGACACCAGUAUCCAAACUACAGUUCUCACUGGAACCUCAUACGGUUGGAGCUGCUGUGGUUGAGCUGCCGGGUCUGUAGCCAAGCAUGCUGUGGUUGGAUCUGCCCAGCCGUGGAACAGAAACAUUUGCUGGAUGGAAAAUCCAUAAAAGAAAGCUGUUGUGAAAGCCCGAGACGGACCAUAACUUAAGCAAAAUCAGAUAUAUUUGGGCUGCCUGAACUCAUUGAGUGAUUGCUAUUAAUUAACAAGACUGUGGGAAAAGGGAACUUGCCUUCUGAGCUUUGCACCAAAGACCUGGGAAGACUAACCAUCUCAUUCUUUCCUGAGUGCUUGGAAACUGCCGAGGACCUUGCCAAUGCGCUGACUGGUCGCUAUGGGCAGACGGUACCCAGAGACUCACUGUCGUCCAGGCAGCUCAUAUUUCAAAUUAUAACCUAUUGCCUGCACCAUUGCUGACGUCCAGUGAUCCAUGUCAGAAGUACUUCCAGCUGACUCAGGUGUAGACACUUUGGCAGUGUUUAUGGCCAGCAGCGGAACCACAGAUGUCACGAAUCGGAACAGCCUGGCCACACCACCAAAUACCCUUAACCUCCGUUCCUCCCACAAUGAACUGUUGAAUGCUGAAAUAAAACACACAGAAACCAAGAACAACACCCCCCCAAAAUGCAGGAAAAAAUAUGCACUAACUAACAUCCAGGCAGCCAUGGGCCUCUCGGAUCCAGCUGCACAGCCCCUGCUGGGAAAUGGCUCUGCUAACAUCAAGCUGGUGAAAAACGGGGAGAACCAGCUCCGGAAGGCUGCAGAACAAGGGCAGCAGGACCCCAACAAGAACGUCAGCCCCACUGCUGUCAUCAACAUAACUUCUGAGAAGUUAGAAGGUAAAGAGCCCCACCCACGGGAUUCCCCAGGCUGUGAAAUUUUACCCUCCCAACCCAGGAGAACCAAGAGCUUCCUAAAUUACUAUGCAGACCUGGAGACCUCAACCCGAGAACUAGAGCAGAACUUAGGCAGCCAGCAUGAGGAUGUGGAAGAGAAGUCCCAGCUGGGCCAGGACCAGGCCUCCACCAUCACUGGGGAUGGCGAUCCGCUGCUGCAGAAACCAAACAAACCCCAGGGUAGCCCUGAAGAUGGCCAAGUAGCCACCGUGUCAUCCAGCCCAGAGACCAAGAAGGAUCAUCCUAAAACCGGGGCCAAAACCGAUUGCGCGCUCCAUCGAAUCCAGAACCUGGCACCCAGCGAUGAGGAGUCCAGCUGGACCACACUGUCCCAAGACAGUGCCUCGCCCAGCCCCCCAGAUGAAACAGCAGAUAUAUGGAGUGAUCACUCAUUUCAGACCGACCCAGAUUUGCCUCCUGGCUGGAAAAGAAUCAUCGACAUUGCCGGGACCUAUUAUUGGCACAUACCAACAGGAACAACCCAGUGGGAACGCCCUGUCUCCAUCCCAGCAGAGCUUCAGGGCUCUAGGAAAGGGUCACUUAGUUCUGUAACGCCAUCUCCCACUCCAGAGAACGAGAAACAGCCAUGGAGUGAUUUUGCUGUUCUGAAUGGGGGAAAGAUUAAUAGUGACGUUUGGAAGGAUUUGCAUGCGGCCACAGUUCACCCAGACCCCAGUCUAAAGGAGUUUGAAGGAGCAACACUACGCUAUGCAUCUUUGAAACUCAGAAAUGCCCCACACGCUGAUGAUGACGAUUCUUGUAGCAUCAACAGCGACCCAGAAGCCAAGUGUUUUGCGGUACGCUCUCUGGGAUGGGUAGAAAUGGCAGAGGAGGACCUCGCCCCUGGGAAAAGUAGCGUUGCUGUCAACAACUGCAUCAGGCAGCUCUCUUACUGCAAAAAUGACAUCCGGGAUACAGUCGGCAUUUGGGGAGAGGGAAAAGACAUGUACCUGAUCCUGGAGAACGACAUGCUCAGCCUGGUGGACCCCAUGGACCGCACCGUGUUACAUGCACAGCCCAUCGUGAGCAUCCGAGUGUGGGGCGUGGGCCGCGACAAUGGCCGAGAGAGAGAUUUUGCUUAUGUAGCAAGAGACAAAGAUACAAGAAUUUUGAAAUGUCAUGUAUUUCGAUGUGACACACCAGCAAAAGCCAUCGCCACGAGCCUCCACGAAAUCUGUUCCAAGAUUAUGGCUGAAAGGAAGAAUGCCAAAGCCCUGGCCUGCAGAUCUUUACAGGAAAGAACCAAUGUGAAUCUCGACGUUCCCUUGCAGGUAGAUUUCCCAACGCCAAAGACUGAGCUGGUGCAGAAGUUCCACGUGCAGUACUUGGGCAUGUUGCCUGUAGACAAACCAGUCGGAAUGGAUACCCUAAACAACGCCAUAGAAAGCCUCAUGACUGCAUCCAGCAAGGAGGAUUGGCCGUCGGUGAACAUGAAUGUGGCUGAUGCUACUGUGACUGUCAUCAGUGACAAGAAUGAAGAGGAAAUCUUAGUGGAGUGUCGUGUGCGGUUUCUGUCCUUCAUGGGCGUUGGGAAGGACAUCCAUACCUUUGCCUUCAUCAUGGACACUGGGAGCCAACGCUUUGAGUGCCACGUUUUCUGGUGCGAGCCGAAUGCUGGGAACGUGUCCGAGGCGGUGCAGGCCGCCUGCAUGUUACGAUACCAGAAGUGCUUGGUAGCGAGGCCACCUUCUCAAAAACUUCGACCACCUCCUCCGCCAGCAGACUCAGUGACCAGAAGAGUCACAACCAAUGUAAAACGAGGGGUUUUGUCCCUCAUUGACACUUUGAAACAGAAACGCCCUGUCACAGAAACGCCAUAGCUACAGAUGUUGCAGGACUCUGUAAUACGUACCUGAAGAUUGAAUAGCUACACUAAAGAUGAACUGAUAUCCGACCUUCCAUUCAGUUGCUGAUGCUUUGUCUUCAGAGAAUUUAUCCUUAACCACACAGUGUUAGACAAGCAUGUUCUCACGUCUUGCCACCAUCAUGUGAUAUGAAAAGAAGCAUGACUAAUUUUUUUGCUGUCAGUAAGUUACAUCAUGAGCAGUGGAAGGUCUUUUUCUUAUUGUAAAUAGGGUGAACAUUACUUAACUUCACACACAGAGAAGAAUGUGGCCACACCCCUCCUAGUGAACGAACGCUGAGUCCUUGGAGUGAAUGACGCCUGAAGUGGUUUCACCAUCUUCUUGACAGGAUCUGUCACAAGCAACUUUUAAGUCCAACAGCACUUGGCCCUGUUUUCAACCUUGGAGUAGACACUGUAUGCCAGAUACCAUUGAAAUGCUGUAACAAUAGGAUGAUGAGUUUUUGUUUUAGUUAUUCACAAAAUUGAACCUUUUGGUUGACAAAAUUGGCUAUUGGCAUCAGUAUAGAAACCAACUGGCAGCUUUCCUUGAUGAACCCUUUGACACAUGGACACCAUUUCAUGUCUACAGCUGUUUGUGGGAUGUUGGGGGGAAAAAGUGAAACUUCAAAAUUGAAAAACCAAAUUUCAGAAAUUAAAAUAGAAAACAAUAGCCUUUUUUUUCAGAUGGCUUUCAAACUGAUUAUUAAGAGAAAGAGAUUAACAAAAUCAUAAUGCAUUUGGGUGGGACAUACUCAUACUUCUGCCUUAUAUUGUACAAUGCAGCUAGAGAAUUAUAGUUCACUAUGGCCAGUCUCUACAUAAACAUUAAAAUGGAAUAUUCCUUGUAAGCCUUUCAUCCUUGGUUUGCUAAUUAGCAAAUAUGCAAUUUGGAGUUGAGGAAAUGUCAUUUAUAUUUCAGAUCUUCACCACCAUGUUAUUUUGUUAGUCCAAGUCCACCUCCGAAGUAAACGUGCUAGCAUUCUGCAUCUAGCUCAAUCUUACCCUAAUGCUUUUUGCCCAGAAAGCUGUCUGUCCAUCAUGUAUUGUCCAUGGCAACAAAUUACAACCUUUCUUGAAUUUAUAUAUUUAAUAUUAGAAUUUGUUGGACUUUACUAGAUAUAUUUUUAAAUUUAUAUUGUUUUCCAUUUUAUUUUCAAGAUUUAAAAAUUUCCUAUCAGAGCAAAAUAUGCAUAAGAACAAUGGACUAUUUAACAACUUUCCCCAAAAUAGCACUUUCCAGCUUCUCUCUAUAUAGAUAUAAAAUUUAGCUGUAAAGAUUCACAUGUUUAGACCCUUGUUGACAUUCUUUUAAAAGGAAUUUACUAAGGAGAUCUAUCUAAACAUUAGUGUUGUUUUUUUAAUGUCAAAAUUAACAUUUUAUAACACCCAGUAAUAAAAGUAACUGCUUUAUUCACUGCUAUGUACUUGUCAGAUGGUUUCCACAUUCUUGUCCCAUUUGAGCUUUAUAAGGUAGAGAAGGCACUAAACGGGUCUGAGAAAAGCAGGAAGUACCAGGAGGCUCCAUCACCCAGCCUACGAUCUCACAAAAGUUAGUGAGAAAACCAGGACCGGGACCCAUGCUUCCUAACUCCCAGUUACGCUGUUUCCACACCAGCUGGGAAGUCUUUCCAAAAUUACUCUGGGCAUAUCCAGUUAUGGUCAGGAAAUCUUAGAGUUCCCUGGAUAAAGAGGGAAAUGUGUUCAAAUUACUCACAUAGUGGUAUGAAUUAUAAACCUUGCCUUCUCUCUGUGCAGGACUGUUUCCCUACAGUGCCUUGAACAGGUUACAGAGGACAGGAUUCCACAGGCAGUACCGCCUGUUCAGACGGCCAGUUUUCCAGGGAUAAUGUUACAUGUGGUAGAGAGGUUUCUGAUUCAUGAUACCUGGCUACCAGAGAACAUGAUGGAAUGAGGAGGUGGCCUCCUGCCUCUAUCGCUCAGAAUUCUGGAACUGUUGCUAGGACCUUAGUGUAAGGACAAAAAAGAUGCCACUAUAGAAAUGAAUUCUGCUCACCAGCCUAUAUACUUCUACCUGCAGUAACCAAUGCCAUCUUAAGAAAUUACUGCAUUAAGAAAAUCCUUCCUGUGCCCUUGGAAAGCUAUUCAAAAUUCAAUCAUGAUCUUUCAUCUUGAUCUCCAUAAUGAAAUGUUUUAGUGUGAUAAACUUCAAAAUUCUGAACAAAUAGUCCACUUUUAUAUUGGCAAUCUCUACCAGAACCCCCUAUUCAUUUUUGUUUGUUUAUUUUCAGGAUCAAGAAUACUGAGCUAGCUUUAAGUAGCAAACUGAUUUAUAUAUGCAACUAGAGGAUACAUUAAGAUGAAUGAUAGCCUUUAUGUAUUGAAAACUUUACUGCAGAUACUUUGUUUGGAAGAUAGCUUUGCAUACUAAAUGCAAUUAAUUUUGUAGAAUUAAUUAUGUUAAAUAGUAUGUUCAGACACUUUCUGCCAUGGCCAAAAAGUAUGUAUGAAAGUAUGUGUGUAUUUUUCUGUGAAAGGAUGCCAGUGUUUUACCUGAUAUUGCAGUGACACUUCAGUUAUCUAUGCAUUCUUUGUAUCUGUGACUCGGUAAACAGGCAGCCAUGUUCACUAUGCCUUGUAUGUCUUAUCAUUUUUUUAAUCAACCUGUUAAAUACAGCUUAAAAUAUUUUUA